AUGAAACUGCUGCCAAUGGGCCCAUUGGGCCUAUCUUUUGGAGACGGCGCAACAUUUGUACGAUUUGUGGCCGUACAGCUCGUCGAGUUAUUGCCGAUGCUUCUUGCGAUACAAAAAGCAGAUAGACCGGAAGCCAAUCGCUAUACGAGUCCAUCCGGCCGCGCCCGCCACAAGUUUUGGCAGCGAAUUAUGAAUGGAGUUCAUACGACGAGGCAGACGCACAACCGAUUCUUG